AUGAAGCUUAAUCGGCGUCGUGAUAAGAUGGGGAACUGGAAGAAAAUACAGAUUCCUGGUUCAAGUGGGAAUCAGUUUUACACUCCUGGUCCGAAUCCAUCUGUGUUUGGAAGAAAUUUGACGAAAGAUCAACUUGGUGGUGUUAUAUUUGGUUGCAAGAAUGCUACCAUCAAAGAAUGCUUAACCAAACAACUCUUUGGAUUACCGGCUGCGCAUUUCUCUUACGUGAAGCAUAUUCAACCUGGGUUGCCUCUGUUUUUGUUUAACUAUACUGAUAGGAUGCUUCAUGGAGUUUUCGAGGCGGCUGGUAAUGGAAGAAUGAAUAUAGAUCGUUAUGGAUGGACCGGUGACGGCAAAGAAAUGACACAGUUUCCUGCUCAGGUGCAAAUCCGAGUUCAAUUGCAUUGCCGGCCACUGUCUGAAGAUAAAUUUAGACAUGCAAUUGCUGAUAACUACUACCAUCAUAACCAUUUCUGGUUUGAGCUGGACCACGGACAAACAACUCAGUUGAUUGCCUUACUACAACCCUUGGCAAUUGCCCCUGCCGAUUAUGUUCCACACAAUAUGAAUCAAGUAACUGUACCCCGAAGUCUUCCAUGCCAGGAUCCUUCGUGGAAAGCUAAAACAUUUAAAAUGCCUGACUCAGAGUUUGAGCAGUAUCACUCUUCUCGCUCAAGUAUGAUAUCAGGUUCCAAUGAGAGUGAUUUGUUAGAUGAAUGCUUUCAGCCAUUGGAUACUCUUUCAGUUGAUAAGGUGGAAGUGACACAAAAUGAGACGGACACCGUAUGGAUGAAACUAAAGGAAAUUUCAGUUGCUCAUCCAAAUCAAAGUCUAUCUUGGGAAGAUAAUGUAAAUGACGCUCCUUAUGCGAAUGAGAAUUGGUCCGAAGGAAAGCAUUCGGACGAGCAGGAGGAGAAUCCAAGUUCUCCAUUAGAGAAGGAGGAGAAUCCUAGUUCUCCAUCUGAGAAGGCGUAUAAUACCUGUUCUUCAUUUGAGAAGGAGGAGACUACUGGUUCUCCACUAAAGCAUCAAUACAACAUAGCUCAGUUGGUGCAAAAGAUCAAAGAACUGACAGAUUUCAAAAAAACUCAAGUUGAAAAGAAUAACUACCUGGAGCAGAAGUUGAUUAAGGCUGAAAUGGAAAUUCAGCUUCUAAAAGACCGUUUUAUGCCGUUAGAAUCUACACGUGAUACUCCUCCGACACAUGUUGAUGAGACAGUAAUCAAUCCAUCUGCUGAGCUGCAUUUAGAUGCCAAAGAUUCAUUUUUUUUAAUAGGUGGCUCCGAUGGAGAAUCAUCGUUAGCCGCUAUGGAUAUGUAUUGUACUUCUCAGAAUGUGAUCAAAUCUUUCAAGCCUAUGAACCAUCUUCGAUCUUAUGCUUCAGCUGUAGAGUUGAAUGGAGAGAUUUAUGUUAUCGGUGGUGGAAAUGAUCGUGAUUGGUUUGACACAGUUGAAUCGUACAAUCCAAUUUAUGACAACUGGACCUUGUGUCCCUCUUUGAACCAAAAGAAAGGAAGCUUGUCUGGUGCUGCUUUGGAUGGAAAGAUAUUUGCCGUUGGAGGUGGCAACGGCGUUGAGUGCUUUUCGGAUGUUGAGAUGCUUGAUCUAGAUGUUGGGCGGUGGAUCCCCACACGUUCAAUGCUUAACAAGAGAUUUGCUCUUGCUGCAGUAGAACUCAAUGGUGUGAUUUAUGCUACUGGUGGAUUUGAUGGAAAUUACUAUUUAAAUUCUGCAGAAAGAUUUGAUCCCAGGGAACAUUCUUGGUCCAAAAUAGCUAACAUGAAUACAAGACGUGGCUGUCACUCAAUAGUUGCUCUAAAUGAAAAAUUGUAUGUGUUAAGUGGCUUUGAUGGAGAAACAAUGGUUCCAAGUGUUGAAGUCUUUGAUCCUCGUCUCGGGACAUGGAUGAUGGAGGAAACAACAAUGAAUCAUUCUAGGGGGUAUUUUGCUGCUGCAGUUGUCAAAGAUUCCAUCUUUGUGGUUGGAGGUGUUAAUGAUCGUCAAACUAUCGUAAAUACUGUUGAGAAUUAUAAAGAAGGUGAAGGAUGGAAGGAAAUUUACACUUCAGCAAAUGUCAAAAGGUGUUUCAUGUCAGCCAUUGCUCUGGCAUGA